CGACGGCGUUAAAUUAUUAAGCCGCCACACACAUAUACAAAAAAUAUAUACACAUAACAAGCAAAGAGCACAAGCGCGCGUACACAAACAGACACACACACACACACACACACACACACACACACACGUAAAGAUGUCGGAGCGUAAACGUUAUCACAAGGACAAUGCGCCCACCGAUGACAUUAUCACAUUAAUCAAUUUAGUGCGACAAAAUCCAGCUUUAUACAAUUACAAAUUGCAGCCAAAUCAACGCAGGCGCUCCGAUAUACUCAGCGGCUGGCAGGAAGUGUCCCAGCAAAUGGGCAACAAGUACACAGUGCAGGAGGUGCGACGCAAGUGGAAAAAUUUACGCGACACUUAUCAUCAGUAUCGCCUACGCUCACCCAAAUGCAUCGAGGGUCGCUUGUCGAAGUGGCGCUAUGCCAAGGAGCUGGAGUUUCUAUCGAAGGUGUACCAGCCGAAGCUAAAGGCGCAUCGCAAUGCGCUGGGCGCUUUGCUACAAAUCAAAAAGCAGCCCCACGACGAUGACGACGAUGAGGGGAUCACACCCUUAGGUAGCGCGCAUACCCACGGCAAUUCGCAAAUAACGCUGGUUAGCGAUGAAGCGGAAACGUUUAUACUGACGGCAUAUGAGGAGAGCGUUGCAGACGAUACACAUGUCCAUCAUCAUCACCAUCAUCAUCAUCAGACGCAACACGAUGGCAGCAUUUCCAGCAUUGAAUUGUCGCAGAUAACGCACGACGAUGAUGAGCUGGUGGAUGACGACCUAGACGAUGAUCAUGAUGGGCAGGUGGUCGAUGAGCUGCAUGUGAAGCAUGAGCUAGAUGAGGAUGGCGCCACAGGCGCCGAAGUGGACUACGAGGAGGUUUGCCUGUACGAGGAAGCGAGUGGUGCGCAUUGCGAAAUGGGCGUGGACGCCAGCAGCGAUGUGGCUGAUACGAAAGGCUUUCACUAUAUUGAUACCGAUGAGUUCUGCAUAGAGGACAUGGAGCCGGAGCCAGUGACGCGCACCUCGGUCUCGGUGCCGAUGCGACACACACACGCUCAUCCACACGCACACGCACACACGCAUGGGCAUCAUUUUGGCAGCACAGGCGUCACCGUAAGCAGCGCCAGCAAUAGCGUGCUGGGCGGCUCGAUUCAUAACAAAAACAAUAACAACAACAACGGCGCCGGCGGCGGCGUCAUUACUGCUGAUACCAAGCUACAGAAUCUCACGCUCGUCAGUACCAGCGGCGGCGGCAGCGCAGCGGCCAGCAGUACACAGCAGCAGCAGCAGCAGCAGCACAACAAUGCGGCGCAGCAGCAGCAGCUGGCGCUAGUCGAUGUAACCGAAGCGACCAGCACGAGCGUCACCAUUUCCAGCACGCCUUCGGUGUCAUUGAACGCGGCCACAGUGAGCACCACGCUGCCAACGGUGCAUGCAGCGCCCACCUCAGCCGCCAACAUGUGCAAUAACAAUCAAUACAAUUCACCUGCCACCACCAUAUUGCAGCUGCCGCCGCUUACCUGCCCCAAUCCCGCCCAACAACAGGCUGCCUCGAUUAGCGUCGCCAGCAGCAGCACACUCAUCAAGGAGGAGGAACAGCAUCAGCUAUCGCAGGCGCUCGCCAAGCGGGAUGAGCUGGAUUUAUUCUUUGAUUUUCUCAAAAAGAAAAUGCAAUGUUUUAGCAAAACGCAAAUCACGCACAUACAAAUGGAAUUUCUGAAUUGUGUCAGUCGUCAGGAGGUGGCCGACCAGGACACAAAGGAUUGACUGCGAUCUAAAUUUAUGUUUU